AUGGAAGACAAGGAAGAAUCUAAGGUUGUGUUGAAGCUUUUGGUAGAUGAAAAAAAGGAUCAAGUUGUUGCAGCUGAAGCCAAAGUAGAUUUUAUGGACAUAUUCGUUAGCCUUCUUACUUUGCCAUUGGGAACAAUAACACGACUCAUUAAAGCAGAGGCUGGAGUUGUUGGUUGUAUGAACAACUUGUACCAAAGUGUUGAAAACCUCGCUGUGGAAGAUCUGUUCAUAGAGCAUUGCAAAACCAUGCUGCUAAAUCCAAGAAAUCCCUAUCCGAAGUAUUGUAUGAGGUUGAAAGUGAACAUAGAUGAUUCAGGCUCCGAGAAGUAUUAUGGGUGUUCAGGAGGGAUAUCAUAUCUAAUCAGUGACGACUUGCAAUUCAAGCGUGCUUCUCCAAGCACUCUUUUCCAGAUGCUUUCUAAUGUUGGCCUGAGUGAUAUGAAUCAGAUUAAGGAGAUGAAUGUAGAAGUUGGCAGGGAUGAGGAAUUGUCCUUAAACAUCCGAUUAAUUAAAAGAAUUAGUGAUUACCACAUUCUUAAUAAGAAAAUUAUGCUUUCUGAUGAUAUGUUUGCUUUUACAUGUUUUGCUGUGAUUUUCGUAAAUUGGCAUUUGCAGCUAGUAACAUGA